CUUGGAGCGUUGGCGCCGCUCCGCUUCCCUUGGAUGACGUAGAUCCUCUGUGGAGGGCCAUGGCGAGUGAUUUCUACCUCCGCUACUACGUGGGGCACAAGGGGAAAUUCGGACACGAGUUCCUCGAGUUCGAAUUCCGGCCUGACGGGAAGCUGCGCUACGCCAACAACAGCAACUACAAGAACGAUGUGAUGAUCCGAAAGGAGGCUUAUGUGCACAAGAGUGUGAUGGAGGAGCUGAAGAGAAUAAUCGACGACAGUGAAAUCACAAAAGAAGAUGAUGCUCUGUGGCCUCCUCCUGACAGAGUGGGCCGACAGGAGCUCGAGAUAGUAAUUGGUGAUGAGCACAUCUCCUUUACCACGUCAAAAAUCGGUUCCCUCAUUGAUGUAAAUCAGUCCAAAGAUCCAGAAGGCUUGAGAGUAUUCUACUACCUGGUCCAAGACCUUAAAUGUCUCGUCUUCAGUCUUAUUGGACUCCACUUCAAGAUUAAGCCAAUUUAAAUCAGACAAACUGAAGUUUGUGUUGCAAUGUUAGCAGUAGAGAUGGGAAGGGAGGAUCCUGUUCCAGUUCUUCAUUGUUUCGGAAAGGUUUUUGUACUUUAGAUUAUUUUUUUGAUUGUUAUUUUGUUGUUGUUACAAACUGUCAGUGACUCAAUAAAAGGGUAAGAUUUGCGUUUUUAAUUUUUAA